CCCCUAGCCUGGGAAUUUCCAUAUGCCGCGGGUUCUGCCCUAAAAAGACAAAAAACAAACAAACAAAAAACACAACUGGGAGUGACCAGAAAGGUGAAGGAUCCGUGUGGUGGGUCAGAGAACGACGGGUGCUGUGACGCGCUGUGAGCGCCAUCGCUGAGCGGAACUGUGUUCUCCCCGCGUUCAAUUUGCAGCCGGAACCCCCAGGACCUCAGAACGGGGCUGCAUUUGGAGACAGGGCCUUUACAGGGUGAUGCAGCCACUAUGGGGCUGGCCCGCAUGCAGCGGGAUGAGGGCUCAUAGGAGGAGGGGAUUAGGGUGCAGGUGACGACUGGGGAGAGGCCCCGCGAGGAUGCAGGGAGAAGGCGGCUGUCCGCGAGCCCAGGGAGAGGCCUCAGGAGAAACCAGCCCUGCGGAUCUCAGACCUCCAGCCUCCAGGAUGCAGCAAUAAAUUUCUGCUGUGCGAGCUGCCGGGUCUGCGGUACUUUGUCACGGCGGCCCCAGCGAACUCAUGCAGGUUGGAAAAAUUCGCCCCUUCGGCGUGCACCUGCGAAUUCCAGGCUGUCUGGUGCUGGAAUGGCUUAAGGGAAGCUUGGGCUUGGGGUGCAGAGGCAGGGGACUGACCCCUGGAGUAAGUGACAUCUAAGCUAGACCUAGGAAUCCCCCAGGGAGCUGGAGGUGGAGAGGAAGGCCGGGCAGGGGGAAUGGGGCAGUGAGGGCCAAGGCUGGGGCCCUCGGGAGCCAGUCACAGGGUGAGGCGUUUGAACUUGGGGUGGGAGGUAACUGAACGGAAGCCUCAUAGGCAAUGAGAGGUGGGAAGUUUUAGGAGGCUCGAGGAGGGUGGCCUGAGGGUGGGGAGGGGUGGGGAAGGAGCCGGGGCGCUGGUGUGGGCUGCAGGGCCAGGCCACCCGCGUCACCUCCCUGGAGAAGAAAGCAGCCUUGACCGGGGCAGCGCUCCUGAGCAGAGAGCAGCCGCAGGGCUCGUGUCCAGGGGACAGCCCCGAGUCUGGCCAGCGGCAGGGGGUGGCCUCGUGGGGGUGGGCGGGAAUUCCUGGGUUCCCUGGGCAUCGAGAACCUUGGCGCCGGUCACAAUGGGCUGAGAUUCUGGGGACAGUCGAGCCGGCGGUUCUGCGGGGCAGGCCCAGCAUAGAGAGGGCGGGGUGUGGAGGGCCCCUGGGGGACCCCGGGGCCAUGAAGACUCGCAAGGAGGCAAACACGGAGGAGCAGCUCCAGGAGCUGAAGACCAUCACCGGGCUCCAGGAGCAGUGCCGGGCGCUGCAGAUGCAGCUGGUGAAGGAGAAGACGGCCAAGAACAAGGCGACGAUGACAGCCCUGCGCAGCAGCAUCCACCUCGGGUCCCAGGACUGGGCUCUGGCCAAGAAGCAUGACCAGCAGACCAUCUCCAAGGCCUGCGGGAAGGACCAGCCCACGAGGCUGGCGCACGGCCGUUGCACCAUGGAGGUGGCGCGGGAGAAGCUCCGCAAGUACGUCUUCGACCGCGUGAACGUGCACAACGCGCUAAUGCACCUAAUGCGGCGGCGCGGGCAGAAGCUGGAGAGCAUGCAGCUGCAGCUGGCCAGCCUGCAGAGCCAGCCCGAGGCCACCAAGGAGGAACUGCGCCUGCGGCAGGUCAUCCGCCAACUGGAGAACAACAUAGAAAAAACGAUGGUCAAGAUCACCACAGGCCAGAACAUCCACCUGCUGUACGCGGACCUGCUGGAUUACCUGAAAAAAAAGCUGGCAGAAUACCCCCCCGAGCUGGACAAGCUGCAGAGGCUCGUGGCUGACUACCGCUCGGAAGUGUCUGACAUGACGGUCCUGUCACAGGACGCCGUGCUGAUCACGGAUGAGGUCAAGACGAACAUGAGGCAAGGAGAAGCCACCUUCAUGGAGGAGCGCCGGGCGCGGGAGAACCGGCUGAACCAGCAGAAGAGGCUGAUAGACAAGCUCCACACGAAGGAGACCAGCGAGAGGUCCCGCCGGGGCCGCCGGGACUUGGACUUCUCCUCCAACCAGAUGGGUCCAGAAACUCUGAAAGUGAGGAAGAGAGACAGCUCCAAGGCUGCUGUCAAAUACCAGACGGACGUGAUGGCCUUGGUGGAGAGAGUCAAGGCGGCCGUGCACUGCUCCCACCUCUGGGACAUCACUGGCCGGUUCCUGGCUCAGAGGAACACGGAGGAGAACCUGCAGCUGCAGAUGGAGGACUGCGAGGAGAGGCGGGCACAGCUGAAGGCCUUGAUGAAGAAGCUGGAGGUGGAGGAGGCGAUGCUGAAGUUCCACCAGGUGCCCAGCUCCGUCAGCUUUAAGUCCGCUGAGAAGAAAAUAAUGGACGUGCUGAAGGCGGAGGAAGCCAGGCUGCAGCUGGCCCACGCCACCAUGACCAAGAGCCAGAAGCUGCUGCUGACCGUCCAGACCGGCAUCGACAACCUCUACAUCCGCCUGAUUGGCAUCCCCCUGCCCACGGCCCAGAAAGAAGCGCUGCCCUCCGAUGCCCUCGAUGUGUACGGCAAGCUGGCGUACUGCGAGCGGAAGCUGCUGCACCUGGCCGACGGUGUGCAGGCGCUGUCCAGGACGGAGGAGGUCGACACGAAGGUGAGGGACGCCCUGGAGGCCUCCACCCUGAAGGAGAAGCAGAACACCAGGAUCCGCUUUGAGGACCUGGAGGAGGACGUCAUAGAGACCUUCCAGUUCGCCGACGUGGACCACAGCUACGUGCCCUCGCGGGCCGAGAUCAAGAGGCAGGGCCAGCGCCUGAUCGAGGGCAAACUCAAGGUGGCCAAGAAGAAGAAGAAGUGACCGGAAGAGGAGGAACCCGCCCCGC